GGCCAGCCAUUCACAAACACAAACACAAACACUAUUGUGCAAGUACUUCAAACGCAGACACAGAGACAGACAGCGAAAUGGCUUGCAGACAAUUGUGGGCUUCAAGAGCUGCGUCGUACCUGAGGAUCUCUGUCUUCAACAGAGCCUUCUCCAGUGUUGUUAAAGAUUUGAAGUAUGCCGAUUCUCAUGAGUGGGUGAAAGUUGAUGGAAAUUCUGCAACUGUUGGCAUAACUGAUCAUGCCCAAGAUCAUUUGGGUGAUGUUGUGUAUGUUGAAUUGCCAGAAGUGGGGACAGAAGUAACACAAGGAGGUGGUUUUGGCGCAGUUGAAAGUGUGAAGGCAACUAGCGAUAUCAACUCUCCUGUUUCAGGAAAAGUGGUUGAAGUUAAUGAGGAGCUUAACAGCUCUCCCGCUAAGGUCAACUCAAGCCCUUAUGAAGAUGGAUGGAUAAUUAAAGUAGAAUUGAGUGACAGCAGUGAACUAAGCAACUUGAUGGAUUCAGAACAAUACUCCAAAUUCUGUGAAGAAGAAGAUUCCAAGCAUUGAUAGGUUUGCCAGUAUCUUUCAGCUCUCUCCAUGAGUAGAUGAUGUCAAAUUGGAAGUUAAGAAUUGCUUGUUUUAUUUUUAUGCUCAUGUGACCAUCUUGAUUGCUCUAUUUUGAAAUUUUCAUAAGCUUCUCAUUCAGGGGGUGAUAUUUUUCACUCUUUGCAAUGAAAAUAUGAAAUGGAUAACAUCGGAAAUUCGGUAAUAAACCUUUAGAAGUUUUAUUUUA